AUGUCACCCGCUGCUACUUCUGAGGGCUCUCGCUCUAGCAGAGAGCUUCACUCUCGCCCACCUCUUCCUCAUCCUUCAACGUUCAAGGUCAACCCACGAAACAUGCCCACGCAUUUCACCAAAGGCGUGAAAGCGCAUCUGGUGACGGCCUCACUGGCAGCGACGACGACGACCACCCCCGAGGCCAAGAAGUCAAGCCUAGCCACGCGCCUAGUCGACAGUGCAGGUUUCGCCUUUCGCAAUGGCCAAGUCUUGGACGAAGAGAAUCUUCCGGUCAACGGCGACGACUUUCGACUCCAUUACCUGGGCAAGUAUCAAGAUAUGCCGUUUAUGAUGGUUCGCGCUGGCGCAAAGCUCUUUCAGCCUUCACCCACGGACAAAGUCGCGCAGAACCAGGCGACAAGCGCAUUUCCCCGUGAUGAGUCGCGUCGUUCCAAUCCCUCGUCCUCUAGCCUGUCUUCGCUAGGACCUACGCCGUCAAUAACGCCGGAGGACGUCGUGAUGGAAGAUUUGAAUGAUGUCCCCAACACUCCCGAGCAAAUCGCUGACGAUCAUCUUUACUCACCACAUCUUCCCGAAUCUCAUGACAAUUCUCAACAUCUAGCACCUACCAUGUCAGAACCUCAGGGAAUCUGUCUCCGUGUGGAAUUGUCCACCAAGUCAUACGUACUCCCCUUCAAUCCAAAGGAUCAGACCGACGACAUCAAGAUAGACGUAUUCUUCAAUGGACAAUUCACACAAUCCUCGUUAUGGCCAGCCCGGUGGAGCAACCCGAAAUCUCAGAAAGAUGAGGAAAUGACCAAGCAGUUCACGGGAGAGCGUACUCACUAUCUACUUGAACGCGCAUGGGUCAUCUUACCAGGAACCGUAAAGGGGGAUACUCCACAGGAACUUGCCCAAGAGCGGUGGAACGAGAUUUCCGCAACAUUAAAGGCGGAAGCAGAUGCCAGAGGCACAAACGAAUUUGAAGAGAGAACGGUGAUCGGAGAUUAUCUUGUCAAUCUUGCGGAUGUCCAAAUGCCGCAUGAGCUAGAUACCAUCUACUUGAAGGGCCGGAAAUUUGGUGUCAUUGAUAUGGUACUCACCUUUGGAAAAGGCAAGAAACGCGACGCAGCCCAAACCUACCUUUUGAAGCCCACUCGCAUGAACAAUCCUGGUUUUAUUUCAUCUCCGAUCAUCUUGAAUCGACCUAUUGGAAACUAUUUGAUUAGCGCUAUAGUCGAUGCCGGGAUCGACAUGGACAUGAAAGAGUUUGGUGGAUCUACAGAACAAACUUCCGGCAAUCGCAAGAGCAAAGAUGUCGCCAAGAGAUACAAAGGCAAAGUACCAAUGAUCGGUAUGCAAGAGUCUAACGUCAAUGAUCAGCCUAACGAACAUCACCGGACCGGUCAGAUGCGUAUGACUUCCUUCAGUUAUAUGCCUAACACUCCUUUGAACCGGAUUGAUCAGAUGGCAUCCGUUCCAUCAACACAAGAGUCCAGUGGCUUUUCUGAUAGUCCUUUAUAUGGACGUCACACCGGUCAGAUGCACAUGGCACCUAGACCUGAGUCGAUUCCCUUUGGGCCCGCGCUUUUGUCUCAGGCUCAAAACCCUGAAACUCCUGGACCGCCUUUAAGAUCAUCCGUCCAACGUAUAAUGUCCCCGUCUCAGCCUGGGCCAGCUAGUGGCUUGCUUGAGCGCAGCCGUUCAUCCACUCUCCCGUACUCCCUCAGAGGUAAGAAAUAUCAACAACAGGGUGCCGUAGUUGAAGGUUUGGUGGGCAUCUCCGGUCGUGGUAUUUUCACCGAUGCGUCAAGCCCGACAGCCCGUUCGCUCAAACGUCCUCCGAGUGCGAACAUUCAAGUUCCUGCGUACCGACCUCACGAGUAUCCACAAGGAGGUAAGCGCAUGAAGAAGGCAGGGAUGGUAACGAAGCUAAAGUCUUCAGAAUUCUCUCGGCACCAACAGGCCGGUCCUUCAUCAAUGAACUUCCAGCAUCGUGCAUCCGCAAAAACCCGUAGCCGAGGUAUUUCCUCCGCAUCUGCUCAGUCUUACUCUGGCUUUUCUCCACCAAUUCCUGAACAGAAUAUUGGCGCGCUCAACCCCGGCGAUACCUCCCCGACUCCGUACCAGAAGCGUAGGAUGAUGUACAGCCGCAAUGUGACAGAUGAAUUGGAACAAUCUUUCAAGAGCUUCGUCACACCGCCCCUCAGCCAGAAUUGUGUUUUAACUUAUGCGCAGCCUCGAUCUGACGCGUUGCCGGGCGUGGGAGGUGCCGGAGGAUGUGUGGUCAGACAGAUCAAGUGCGAACGUCAGGGAGAUUUCGAGGAAAAAGGCGUGUUGCUUGGUGUGAGGUUCAUCGUUGGGUGAACCAAGUCAGCAUUGGAUGUCUGAGUGAGAAUUGCUUACUGGAGGUUAUGAUUUUGCAGGCGAUGGAUAGCUCGAAUGACAGUUUAACAAUCUGUAGCGGGGAGCUGACGACCAACUGGGAGUGCCGUGGGCGAAGUGGAGCGAUGUUUGUCAGCAAAGGGUUAAGAAUCAGCCUCUGUCGAUCAUAGCUUCCAUGGUUGCGGAUCUCGUGAGGUUACGGAGUGAUUAAGCGGCGCAGUUGUUCGGACGGCACGUCUUGUAAGUCAUUCAGAACCGAGGCCGUGGGCACGGG